AUGAGUGUUUGCUCGAGUUACAUUGUUGGAAAGUCCAAUCCAACGCCAAAAUCUGAUAUCCGCAUGGACCUCACCACAUCACAACCUGUAGAGCCGAUUCCAGAACCAGAUCCACUCCCGAGUACUAUCGCCCAUCUGAUUGAUAGUGAUGGUUCUUUUAUGGCUAACGACGUUUCCCGCAGCAGCCGGAAGUCCAUGACAGAAGUUGGUUUCCUCGGAAGGCUUUCUCAUCCUAACAUCGUAAAGCUGUUGGGAUAUUGUAAGGAAAAUGAGAAUUUCCUUAUUGUUUAUGAACUCAUGCAAAAGGGCAGGUUGAAUUACCAUUUAUUUGGAAAGAGCUCGGAUCGAUUGCUUCCUUGGAAAACAAGGAUUAAGAUUAUGAUGGGAAUGGCUAAGGGUCUGUGUUACUUGCAUACGAUGGAGAAGCCAAUAAUUUACAGAGAUUUCAAAUCCUCAAAUGUGAUUCUUAAUCAGACCAAGCACUUUAUACAAAGAUAUCAAUCUUUAACCUGUUAUUCUCUUGCAUUUCUUUUAUACUGCAAAAUAUCAAACUUUGGCUUGGCAAUGUGGGGACCUGCUGAUAAUUCAUAUGUAACGGCACAAGUUGCCGGUAAAGUUGGUUACAUCGAUCCCGAGUACGUUGCCAUAGGAAAAUUGUAUGUAAAGAGCGAUGUGUACAGUUUCGGAGUAGUCUCGGUCGAGAUGCUAACAGGGUUGCGACCAAUUGAUAAAAGACGUCCAUUGGAACAAGAAAACCUGGUGAAUUGGGCAAAACCAAGCCUAGUCCAUAAAAGAAGGUUGAGACAGAUAAUGGAUCCUAGGUUGGAGGGAAGAUACUCUAUCAAAGAGGCUUUACAAAUUGCUCAGCUUGCUUAUAAAUGUCUUAAUGAAAAUCCCAUUUACCGCCCAUCAAUGAAGGAAGUUGCAGAGAUGUUUGAACAAAUUGGAGAUCGAUAUAUAAUUGGUGAAGCAUGAAUUUCAUCCUCCCUCGGCUUCCUAAGAUAUACCGUGUCCAUUCCAGUAGUGAAUUUUUCGGAUAAAUGUGAUUGUAUGCAGAAAUACUUCAAAUUUUAGCUGUCUUGUCUUGUAAGUUGCUAUAAUUACAAUUUUUUUUUUUUUAACAAUUACAACCUGAUUUAAAAAUUUGAAAUGUAAGGUAAAACAGACUUAGGUCUCUAAAUUAUAUCCUAA